GCAUAAUGAACAAAUCGUUGAUUGCUCUCGGAGCACAGACAGCUCGUCGAUUUCUGAGCAGUUCAUCAAAAAAUACGAUAGGAGGAGGAGAUGCGAAUCGGGCAGACACUGGUGUACUCGAUGGUUAUCAUAUAAAUCCACUUGAAGAGUCUGACAUGACAGAUCGUAGUCGAAUUUCAAUGUUAUCUACGGAAAUGCUCGAAGCAAAACAAAUUGGAGUUCGUGGACUUUCAUGCUAUGGAUUUCGACUUCUCGAUGGAACAUUUUUAUAUGGCCCAAUCGCCUUGUUUCCAAAGACGGCUCUUUCGUGGCGUGUUCCAACUCCAGAAGACAUCACUCCACGAUCACUUGCUCUUUUUGCUGCUCUUGAACCAAAAAUUGACAUUCUUGUGUUAGGAGUUGGGGAUAAAAAGAAUAUUGACAAAGUUCGAGCCAGUGUAGCACCAUUCCUUCGUGAACAUAAAAUUGGAUUAGAGAUUAUGGAUACUGAGGACGCGAUCGCAACAUUCAAUUUUCUGAAUGCCGAGGGGCGAUAUGUAGGAGCUGCUCUUUAUCCUCCAGAUGAUAUGGUUGUUACUGAUAAGGAAUACGGUAGAGCUCUGGCUCUUUUGAAAGGAUGGGACACGGUUGAAGAAAAUCCAUUGCUCACUGGUCUUUCUGAUACAAUAAACGGGGCUGAGGAUUUGGUUAAGCGAUUGUGGAGUGGAGAUGAAAAGAGUUGGCAAUCAGCAAGACAAAAAGUACUUGAGUCACCAUCUGAACGAGAAGAACGAAUGCAACAAGAAAUGAAUGAUAAAGAAAAGAAACGAAUUGAAUAAUAUUGGAAUUUGUUUUUUUUUUUUAGAAAUCUUAGCAACUAUAUUUCGUUUUUGUUGAUUUUAUUAAAUAAAAAUAUAAAAUUUAUGAA